AAAAUCUUUUACUUGAAAACAUGAAAAAGCCAGCGAAUCCUGACAUCCAAAUAACAACAAAACAAAGAAAAACCAAAAAACAAAAUCAAGGAAUCAGCAUCACCGUUACCACAUGUACACAAGAUAUAAAGAUAUCAUUUUUAUUCCUCCAAUUAGAUUUUAGUCUUAGAUGAUGGCCGCCGUUCCUACUCUCUCCGACGCAGCAACUCCGCUUCUUGAAGACAGAAUUGAUGGGUCCGUCGACUGCAAAGGCCGACCAGCCAACAGACGCACUUCUGGCCGCUGGAGAUCUGCAUCUUUCAUUAUUGCUGUUGAAAUGGCUGAGAGAUUCGCCUAUUAUGGGAUUGGUUCAAACCUUAUUACCUACUUGACUGGGCCAUUGGGUCAGUCCACUGCCACGGCCGCAGAGAACGUCAACGCCUGGUCAGGCACGGCAUCGCUUCUGCCUCUUUUAGGAGCAUUUGUUGCUGAUUCUUUUCUUGGACGUUACCGUACUAUUGUUGUUGCCUCUCUUACUUACAUUCUGGGACUGGGCUUGUUGACUUUAUCAGCUAUGUUGCCAUUGCCUGACACUUCUGAUUGCCAAAACACAAAUAAAAUCACAUCAUGUUCUCCUUAUCAGUUCCAAGUAAUUUUAUUCUUCUUCUCUUUGUACUUGGUAGCGCUUGGGCAGGGAGGGCACAAGCCUUGUGUUCAGGCUUUUGGUGCGGAUCAGUUUGAUGGUCAAGAUCCAGAGGAAUGCAAGCUGAAAAGUUCAUUCUUUAAUUGGUGGUAUUUUGGAAUGUGUGGGGGAACCUUGGUGACACUUUUAAUCUUAAACUACAUCCAAGACAAUCUCAAUUGGGUUCUUGGAUUUGGACUUCCAUGUUUAUUGAUGGCUAUUGCCCUGUUUAUUUUCUUGCUCGGAACCAAGACUUAUCGAUUUAGCAUAAAAGGUGAUGGGAAAAACCCGUUUGUGAGAAUUGGUAAUGUUUUUGUUGCUGCGGUUAAGAAUUGGCGAACUACGCCUUCUGCUAUAGCUCUUGAAGAGGAAGCUCGUGGAACCUUGCCACAUCAAAAUUCUGAGCAAUACAAGUUUCUCAACAAAGCCUUGCUUGCACCAGAUGGUUCAAAGGAAUAUGGGAAGGUGUGUAGCAUCAGUGAAGUGGAAGAAGCAAAAGCAUUUCUCAGGCUUGUUCCAAUAUGGGUUACAAGCUUGAUGUAUGCAAUCGUGUUUGCUCAAUCUUCAACUUUCUUUACAAAGCAAGGAGUUACAAUGGACAGAUCAAUUGCACCAAGCUUUGACGUACCAGCUGCUUCACUUCAAUCCUUCAUCAGCCUUGCCAUUUUUCUCACCAUUCCAAUCUAUGACCGUGUUUUUGUUCCAAUUGCAAGAACCUUUACCGGGAAACCUGCUGGCAUUACAAUGCUUCAAAGAAUUGGAACUGGUAUGUUUUUAUCUGUUUUGUCGAUGGUGAUUGCAGCUUUAGUUGAGAUGAAGAGACUUAAAACUGCUGAAGAAUAUGGACUGAUUGACAAGCCAAAUGUGACAAUUCCAAUGAGUGUGUGCUGGUUGAUUCCUCAAUAUAUCUUGUUUGGUGUUGCUGAUGCUUUCACCAUGGUAGGUCUUCAAGAAUUUUUCUAUGAUCAAGUCCCAUCUGAAUUAAGGAGUGUAGGUCUCUCACUAUAACUCAGUAUCUUCGGUGUUGGGAGCUUUCUUAGCAGCUUUCUAAUAUCUGCCAUUGAGAAAGCAACUGGUGGAAAUGGCCAUGAAAGCUGGUUUUCUAAUAAUCUCAACAAGGCACAUCUUGAUUACUUCUAUUGGCUUCUCGCUGGACUGAGUGUUAUAGAAUUUGUAGUCUACUUGUAUUUUGCAAAAUCAUACAUUUAUAAUAAAGGAAGCACAAUAUGAAUGGACUGCCCUGUAAGGAAUGCUGUUGUUGUAGCUAGCUAGCAAGCAUCAUGAGGUUUCUUUUGAAUAUAACAGCUAUUGAUGCAA